AUGGCCCCAGUUGAGACCAAGGGCAAGAAAUUCAGCCGCCCGCAAAAGUACAGCCUGCAGACUCCAGACGCGACGAAGACGACCAAGAAGCAAACAGGCCAAAAGCCGCCCCUGAAGAGACGCUCAACAGCCGGGGAAAAGGAUCAAACAACUCCUAUCUCAACGACAGCCUCAAAAAGACAGAAGCAGACGAAUGAUACGCCACGGGCUAGCUCAUCGAUCGCCCUGGAAGAUGAGGAAAUGUCGGAAAUGGACGACAUGUCCUCUUCCGAGGAGCCUGACUACAUACUUGCAGAGAUAACUGCUGUGGACGGGCCAAAACAACAUCCAGCAGAUAAUAAAUCUUCUGAUCCACGAAUUGAUUAUAAGCUUAUCACCACCAUUCUGCACGAGGUCGCCUUCAAGAAGAAGAAAACUCGGAUAACGAAAGACGGAGUGAAGCUAUUUACGAAAUAUAUUGAAAGCUUUGCCACCGAAGCCGUAAGCAGAGCAAUUGAAGAAAAACGCAUGAAUAAUGCUGCUAGCAUGGCUACGCCGGCUACAAGAGCAGAUAUUGAGCAUAGCAAUUAUCUAGAGGUAUAA